GUCACACAUCGACUCUUCUUCCUAUUGGGAGCAGUACCAUUGGAGAAGAAGUGGAAGGGUACGACUAUGCAACACAUUCACCGUUUCUGCGUAGGAAAGCUGCUUAAAUUCGCGCCAAUUGGAAAUGGCCGCUUCAUUUGUCGGUGGUCUUUCACGUAAGUGUAACGCAAGUGAGGACCAGCAUCAUGAAUUCUAACAGUCCAACAUUCUCCGUCUGCCUGAUGGUCUUAAUAUCAGCCGCUUCAGCCCAACGCGGUUACGGCCUCCAGAAAACCACCCUGGACGACAUAGAACGCGACUACACGACCACAUCGAAGCCCAAGCAGACCACUGCGAAAGUGGUGGCUCCAGUUCAGUCGCCCACCCAGUAUGGCUUCGUCCCCAUCAAAACUGCCGCGGACUACGCUAGAAACGUACCAAAGCCUCUGUUUUACUCCCAGGGUACACAACAGUACUCACCGUACGCUAAACAGCAGUACUACCACCAACAGGGUCAACACUAUAGAGGGAACGGUGUAGGAACAAAACCUAGCGCGACACAGGCCUACACCUUCCCACUUCAAUACGACUUACCGUUCGCUCGGCCUCAGAAACCUUCACAAACUGCCACCCAGUACUAUCAACCACAACAGUACCACACUACUCAGCAAUACCCAGCUACCCAGCAAUACCCAGCUACUCAGCAAUACCCAGCUACUCAACAAUACUCGGCUGCUCAGCAAUACACCGCCCCGAAGCAGCAAUAUACUGCACCCCAAGAAAGCUCGUAUCAAAAGAAUGUUCAAUAUGUAACGGAUAACAGUUUAGCUAGCCAGCAGCCCCCGAAGAACGUACAGUACGUGACUGAUAACAGUAUCGGAAACCAACAACCGCAGCAAUACUACACCCCGCAGUACGUGAAUUUUCAACAGGAUCCAGCAUCCAGUACUUCCGUACAGACUUUUGUCGAUCCAAAAGGAGGUCUGCAGUACAUAAUGUUCAUCCCCCAAUCAGCCGUCACUACCACCAAUGACCAGCCCCAAAAAUACGAGAAUGUGGCCUACACCACUAGUUCAGAAGAUGCAACGGAUAACCAAAAGUAUCAACAAGUACAGUACGUUAGUCAGAAAGAGCAAGAAGCACCAGCAGGGCAGCACUACGUGUACCAGUACGAACAAAAAGAGGAAAAAGAACCUGCUGCUCCUGGAGUGCAAUACGUCGUGCAGCCGCAGUACGAACAGAAGGAGCAACAGGUGCAGUACAUCCAAGCAAAACAACAAUACGCUAAAUCACCUGAAUACAUCAUCAAAAGAGAACCGAAAAGCCUACUGGACUCUUACAUCCCAUCAUCUGUCCAGCUGGAGUACUACAAACAGCUACAGCAAAACGCCAUCAGGGACACCGUCAAAGUACCGCAGGUGUUCAGCGGCAAAGCAUAUACGUCGCAAACUGCCAGCACUGAAGAUUCAACUCCAGAAGUAUCCAAACAGUACGUCACGAAGUAUGUUCCACAAGGUACUACGAAACGGUACGCUUACAGAGGGUGAAACUGUAUAAUGAUGGUCGAAUGAAUGAGAUAUGUUUGUGAAAAUCUACCAUUAUUUCUAAAUUCUCUCCUUGCAGGAUGGCAGGUACAAUUUAAAAUAUGAAAGUUCUAAAACAGGAUUACAAUGUGCCAUCCACCAUCCAGGUAGCAUCAAAGGAUGAGGCUUUCACAUACAUACCUCAAUUAUUUUGUUGUUUUCUGUGAUUUUUUUGUAUUGGAAUGUCAUCUCUGUAAAUUAAGGGGUGAAGUAGAAUAUAGUAUAUAUAAUUAUAUUAAAAGAAGUAUUUCGUGCUAUGUAUGUUCUUAUAUAGAGCUCAAAGUCUGGAUUACCUGAGCUAACGAACAAUGAACUUAAAUGAAAGCCAGUAUUCGUUAACCUAUUUGUAUAUGCUUAUAUUUUGUUACCAAUAUAACCAAUUUUUAUAAAUUAA